UCAACGGCUAUGGAUAAGCGCGAGUGGAUCGGAGACAUACACUCCAAAUUCACUCCCAUUGAAGAAGGUGAUCCCAAAUCUAAUGCCUCUACACCCCAACGCCAAGACAGCGCGGUAGACCCGGUCCCGUACAUGACUGCCCGUUUAUCUUAUUCACAAUUCAUGUACGAAUUUCACCUCACCCCUGGACCCAAAUUCGUUCGGUUCUACUUUUACCCGGUUUCUUACCCAGGUUUUGAAGGGUCUCAGGACUUUUUUACAGUCAAAGCCAAUUCGUUCACCUUACUUAGGAACUUCAGUGCUUCCAUCUAUAUCCAUGCUAAAUCCUUGAAAGAAGAGUUUUUUUUUUUUAAGGAGUUCUGCAUCAACGUGGAAAUGGAUCAAAUGUUGAAUUUAACAUUCAUCCCAUCUCCAUCCACUUCUAGUAAGUUCUACGUUUUUAUUAAUGGAAUUGAGAUUGUCUCCAUGCCAGACAAACUCUACUAUGGGGCAGAAGGUCCACGCGUCCCUCAAUACGUCGGCCAAACUUAUCCGUUCUCCAUAAAGUACGAGAUGGCACUCGAGAGGGUUGUUCGAUUAAACGUGGGCGGGAGCUUCUUAUCACCGGUGGUUGACACUGGGAUGUUUAGAGCAUGGUCCGGGCACAAAGAUAAUUCUUGGUUGAGCGGAGGCGUAAUCCCUCAUGACGCAUCUUUCACACCCAACUACAAAGAGAUACCAGAUUACACUGCACCAGAUGCCAUCUAUCGGACUGCAGUGUCAAUGGGCCCAGACAGAGACAAGAACUUACGUUCUAAUUUGACGUUGAAAUUACCCGUCGAUCCAGAAUUCAAUUAUCUGGUGAGGCUCCAUUUCUGCGAAAUGGUGUUCCCAAUAACGGAAGCAGGCCAAAGGGUAUUCCAGAUCUAUAUAGACAAUAAGAUAGCCGAGGAAGACGCUGAUGUAAUUAUGUGGGCCCAAAGGAAUGAGACGCCUCUGUACAAGGACUAUGUAGUAGAUAUCCAAAACAGUCCUUAUCUCUUCAUUACUCUACUCCCUAAAAAAUCUAGCUUCGGCACCGCCGAUGUCAUUUUAAACGGUGUGGAAGUGUUCAAAUUGAGCGACGAAAAGAAAAACCUUGCAGGUCCCAAUCUUGAAAGUGUGUCCCCUCCACCGCCAGCUCAACAACCUGCUUCAACAGCAAGCGAGUCCAAGACAAAGAAAACAAUAAUCAUUGCCAUUGGAAGUGGUGCAGGCUUCUUGGUUGUGCUCACUCUAGUAUGUUGCGUGGUUCUCUGGAAACUGAGGAAGACCAAGCGCUACGCUUCUUACUAUCCACUAUCCAGGUGUUGGUGCUGGCCCGAGCCACAGCCAGACAAAGGAAAGUCAACAAGGACAAGAGCCUCGUCACUGCCGGAAGAACGAUGCCGCCACUUCUCACUAGACGAGAUCAAAACAGCAACCCACAACUUCCAUGAAGAAUUAAUUGUUGGAGUCGGUGGCUUUGGCAGUGUGUAUAAGGGUUUUAUUGACGGGGGUACAAUGAUCGUGGCGAUCAAGCGCUUGAACCCGGAGUCAAAACAAGGUCAAGGUGAGUUCAGAACAGAGAUCGAGAUGCUUUCUAUGCUUCGCCACAUCCAUCUCGUCUCUCUCAUCGGAUUCUGCAACGAGGAGGGCGAGAUGAUCCUCGUCUAUGAGUACAUGACCAAGGGGACUCUCCGUCAACACCUCUAUGAUACCCAAAACGAUCCGCUUUUGUGGGAACAAAGGCUCAACAUUUGCAUCGGAACUGCGUCUGGUUUGAAUUACCUGCACACGUGCGAGAAGCAACCCAUUAUCCACCGUGACGUGAAGACCAACAAUAUUCUGUUGGACGACAAAUGGGUGGCCAAGGUUUCCGAUUUCGGGUUGUCUAAAAUGGGUCUGGAUAACACAGCGAUCAGUACCAUUGUAAAGGGUACGCCUGGGUAUUUGGAUCCGGAUUAUUUUAAGCGUCAAAAACUAACGGAAAAAUCGGACGUGUACUCCUUCGGCGUGGUUUUGUUCGAAGUACUAUGUGCCCGAAAAGCACAGGAUCAAAAACUUGAGGCCGAGCAAUGCCACUUGGCCAAGUGGGCCCAGAAAUGCAUUAAGAAAGGUAACAUCGGCGAAAUUAUUGAUCCGUAUCUUAAGGGUAAGAUAGCUCCCGACUGUUUCAAGGCAUACGUGGAGGUCGCAGAGAGCUGUGUACGUGAUCUGGCGAGCCAACGGCCCACAAUGAAUGAUGUGAUGGAAAAGCUCAAUUUUGCGUUGGCGCUACAGCAGAAUGCGGACGCCACAAAGGAGAAAAUCAGCCCAGGUGGUGAGCAUAGCUACCCAGAAGUGGUAUCAUUCAGUGUUUCCAGUAUGAUUAGUGUUCACAGCGGACACGUGUUGGCAAUGGAUAGUGGGACCGGGUUCACAAAUAGUACUGGAUUGACCUGCCCAACUCUUGAUUCUGCUAUCACUAGUCAAGAUGUCUUGACGGACACCACCAACUCUACCCCAUCACAUCGCUGUUGCCAACGAGUCCACCCAAUUUGGAAGUGGUGCGGGCUUCUUGGUCGUGCUCAACCCACUGUGUUGCAUGCUUCUCUCUGCAAACUGAUCAUGACGACCAACUGUUUCUGUUGGCCCAGAGGAAAGGCGGCAAGGACAACAGCCUCGUCCCUGCCCGGACAACUAUGCCGGCAGUUCUCUCUCCACGAAAUCAAAAAAGCGACCAACAACUUCCACCAAGAUCUGAUUAUCGGCGAAGGUGGCUUCGGCUACGUAUACAAGGGUCAAAUAGACGACGGCAACACGACCGUGGCGAUCAAGCGCAUGAACCCGGAGUCACGGCAAGGCGCCAAUGAGUUCAAGACAGAAACCAUCAUGCUCUCUCAGCUUCGCCACGUCCACCUCGUCUCUCUCAUCGGAUACUGCAACGAGGGGGGCGAGAUGAUCCUCGUCUACGACUACAUGCCCAACGGGACUCUCCGCGACCACCUCUACGAAACCCGCAACGAUCCGCUCCCUUGGAGAAAAAGGCUCGAUAUUUGCAUCGGAGCCGCGAGUGGGUUGCAGUUCCUUCACACGGGCGUGAAGCACCCUAUUAUCCACCGUGACGUCAAGACCACCAAUAUUCUGUUGGACCAGAAUUUUGUCGCCAAGGUUUCGGACUUCGGGUUGUCCAAAAGGGGUCUGGAUAAAACCGCGGUCAGUACCAUGGUGAAGGGCACGUUGGGUUAUUUGGAUCCGGAAUACGCAAGGCGCCGGCAACUGACGGAAAAAUCCGACGUGUACUCAAUUGGUGUGGUGCUGUUCGAAGUGUUAUGUGCACGAAAGCCGUUGGAUCAAAAACUUGCUCCGGAGCAAUGCAAUUUGGCCAACUGGGCCCGUAAAUGCAUGGAGAAGGGGACCAUAAUUGAAAUAAUUGAUCCGUAUCUUAAGGGAAAGAUUGCUCCCGAGUGUUUUAAGUUAUUCGUGGAGGUGGCGGAGAGUUGUGUGCGUGAUGAGGGGAAUCAACGGCCCACGAUGAAUGAUGUGGUGGAAAAGCUCGGCUUUGCACUGGAGCUGCAGGAGGAUGCGGACGCCGCGAAGGAGAAAAUCAAUCCCGGUGUUGACUACACCUAUCCAGAUCAGAUGUUAUCAUUCCGUCUCGCCGGAACUACAGGUGAUCAUUCUAAUCGGUACGAUAACGUUCAAAGUAGACACGUGUCCGAAUCGGGCGUUGGGACCGGGUUUACCGCGACGAGACAUCGACAGGGUCAUAUGUCCUUCAUGGUAUAA